AAGACUUUUUCACUCAAAACCAUAAGAAGAGGUCCGAAGAGUGACACACAGUUGCCCAUGGCCAUGGCUUAUGCUAUGGACUUAUCUCCUCCAACCUUCUUCUUAUCCCCAACUCCUUCUUCUCUCCGACGUCUCUCUUCCUUUCCCGUCUCUACCUUCCCUCGCCACUCUAACCGGAGGCUACAGAUACUCUGCCAGGCCACAGCCGGAACUCAGCCUCAGAGUCAGAGCAACCUCUCUGACUCUAACUCCAAACUAGCCGCCCGUUCUGGCCAAGACCGUCUUUUGAAGGUACCGAUAUCGAAGAUAAGGAACUUUAGUAUAAUAGCACAUAUUGAUCAUGGGAAGUCGACGUUGGCGGAUAAGUUGCUUCAGGUGACUGGUACUGUUCAGAACAGAGAUAUGAAGGAGCAGUUUCUUGAUAACAUGGAUUUGGAACGUGAACGAGGCAUCACCAUCAAGCUCCAGGCAGCUCGAAUGCGUUAUGUUUAUGAGGAUACACCGUAUUGUCUCAACUUGAUUGAUACUCCAGGCCAUGUUGAUUUCUCUUACGAGGUUUCUCGAUCUCUUGCCGCAUGUGAGGGUGCUCUUCUUGUUGUGGAUGCAUCCCAGGGUGUGGAAGCGCAAACACUGGCCAACGUUUAUUUGGCUCUAGAAAACAACCUCGAAAUCAUUCCUGUUGUGAAUAAGAUUGACCUUCCAGGCGCUGAGCCAGAGCAAGUUCUCAGGGAGAUUGAGGAGGUUAUUGGGUUAGACUGUAGCAAAGCAAUACUCUGCUCGGCAAAGGAGGGAAUUGGUAUAACGGAGAUAUUGAAUGCAAUUGUUGAAAGGAUACCUCCACCUCCCGAAACUGCAGAAAAACCCUUCAGAGCCUUAAUUUUUGACAGUUAUUAUGAUGCAUAUCGUGGUGUCAUUGUAUACUUCCGAGUCAUCGAUGGGAAAGUGAAGAAAGGCGACAGGAUUCUAUUCAUGGCAAGCGGAAAGGACUAUUUCGCAGAUGAAAUCGGCGUUCUAUCUCCAAAUCAAAUUCAAGUGGAUGAGUUAUAUGCUGGUGAGGUGGGGUACAUUUCUGCUUCUAUAAGAUCGGUUGCAGAUGCCAGGGUAGGAGAUACAAUAACAAAUUUUAGCAGAAAGGCAGAAAGCUCCUUACCCGGUUACGAGGAAGCUACCCCUAUGGUGUUCUGUGGCCUGUUCCCAGUUGACGCUGACCAAUUUCCUGAUCUUCGAGAUGCGUUGGAAAAACUGCAACUCAAUGAUGCCGCUCUGAAGUUUGAGCCUGAGACUUCAAGUGCCAUGGGUUUUGGCUUUAGGUGCGGUUUCUUGGGUCUUCUCCACAUGGAAAUUGUGCAGGAAAGGCUAGAGAGAGAAUACAACUUAAAUCUCAUUACCACUGCUCCAAGUGUUGUAUAUAAAGUGCACACUGUAAAUGGUGAUACUACUAUGUGCUCAAACCCAUCUCUCCUUCCACAACCUGGGCUAAGGAAAUCAGUCGAAGAACCAUACGUUAAGAUUGAGUUGCUUACACCGAAAGACUACAUUGGCGCGCUUAUGGAGCUCGCUCAAGAUAGGAGAGGGGAAUUCAAAGAAAUGAAAUAUAUAGCUGAGAACAGAGCUUCUCUCCUCUAUGAGUUACCUCUUGCAGAGAUGGUGGGAGAUUUCUUUGAUCAAUUAAAGUCCAGAACCAAGGGAUAUGCUAGCAUGGAAUACUCAGUUAUUGGGUACAGAGAAAGCGAUCUGAUAAAACUCGAUAUUCUGAUUAAUGCUGAAUUGGUGGAACCUUUGUCAACCAUUGUACACAGAGACAAGGCAUAUUCUGUUGGAAGAGCUUUGACUCAAAAACUCAAAGAGCUUAUUCCGAGACAAAUGUUUAAAGUGCCCAUCCAGGCUUGUAUAGGAUCAAAAGUGAUUGCUAGUGAAGCUCUCUCAGCAAUCAGAAAGGAUGUUUUGGCCAAAUGUUACGGUGGAGAUAUAUCUCGGAAGAAGAAGCUUCUUAAGAAACAGGCGGCAGGUAAGAAGAGAAUGAAAGCCAUUGGUAGAGUUGAUGUACCUCAAGAAGCUUUCAUGGCCGUUCUCAAACUUGAAAAGGAGGUUUUGUAACACCACUCGAUCAAAAUAUCUAUUACAUUAUAUAUUUCAUUUGAUCCCUUUUGUAAUAAACUAUUUUCACACCUAAUGCAAUCUUGCUUGCUUUCAACUAA